UCCUCUUCAUUACCAAUCCUUUUGAUCAUUGCUCGGAUAGACUUCUCUCAAUUCGACUUCCGAGUUACUUCAUGCUGAUCGAUUUUGCUUAAUCAAUUUCUAAACGAUCCGUAUUCUGCACGAUUGAUCACAAGAGUCAUCCUUCAUCUCUUUCGCGAAUCAAUAUAUCGGUCAAGUCCUCUUCUAAACAAUUGAUCCUACGAGUCACUCAAAUCCUCAUUUCAACCACUUCGAUUUCAAAUCAUCACUAAUAUCUUCCUGUUCAACCAUCAAGGCUAUUAAAAACCGUGAUUUCAAUAUGACCAAGCAAAAACCCAAAUACCGGGCCAAAUCAACCCAGCUUAAGCGUUCAAAGGAUCAUAAGGAUCGAUUGAUUGCUAAAAGUGUCGAGAAAAAAACUCAACUCCCCACUCCACCACCUGACCCUCCGACUGUUGCGAGUGCUACACAAUCAACAACUAGCAACCGGGCUCGCAAGCGCAAAACGUUCAAAGAGAAAGUCAAGAAGAAGUUUGGUCUACCUGACGAUGUCACUUUCAUUCAUCAAGCCAACCAUGGUAAAAAUAAACCGCUCACUUUAAAAACAGGAACUGCUGUGAUCCUCAAUCUGAACGGCACUAAAUUGAUCACAGUCAUCCGGUUCAACACUCAACAAUAUAUUCAAUCCAACGGUAAAAAAGUACAAACUGAAGAUAGUGAGCAAUUGUUCAAACAGUUUGGACGAUCUAUUUCAACCCUUUAUAACCAUGGAGUAGCAAGAAACCAAAUCACAACCAAUGGACCAACAGUUGCACUUGGGAAAAGAAAACGAGGGGAUAUGUUUGCAAUUGGGAUGAGAGCUGGAUAUUGGAAGGGUGUCUUUGGAGGUGUGUAUCUCUGUAUUUUCUGUAUUUUUAUUUUGUUUCCAUCUGACAAUUUGAGAAAUAUCUAG